AUGCAAGAUAUAAAUUCUGUUUGCAGCCAACCUUCAUCAAUGAAUGAUCCCAAAGCUUUUGAGCAUGAGUUUGUGCAUAAGUUCUAUGAGGAAAAUGCAUCAGAGUUUUCAGGCACACGAAGAAAGCACUGGGGAAUGACAAGAAAAUUUUUUGACAUGUACUACACGCCUGAGUCGCUAGUUUUAGAUGCUGGGUGUGGUAAUGGACGGUCGUUUAUUGUCCCAGGUGUUGUUGGGCUUGACUAUUGCAGGGGUCUCCUGGAAGAUGCAGCAAUGGUAGAAAACAUGGGAUUAGUGAGAGGGGAUGUGCUGAGCAUGCCAUUUGCAGACAGCAGCUUUGAUUUGGUGAUGAGUGUUGCAGUGAUACAUCAUUUAAGUACGAGUUUCCGACGAAAAGAGGCAAUGAGUGAGAUGAGAAGGGUUCUUAAGAAGGGAGGGAGGAUGCUAUUGUAUGUGUGGGGCGAUGUAGUGAGCAGCAAGAGAAAGUUUUCUCGUACACAUGACAUGCCUAAAGGUGAUUAUUUUGCAUCAUGGAAACUUCGGAGCGACAUCAGGAGAUACUAUUAUCUAUAUAGCAUACAAGAGUUGCUAAUAUUUUGUGAGUCAGUGGGAUUUAAGGUAAUUGACCAUGGAGCAGAGGAGGAGAGUUUAUUUGUUAUUUUAGAGAAGUAA